AUGAGCAUAUUUCUAGAGCCGUUUGUCGAUCAUAUGAAUAUCAUUUCAAGCAAUGGAGUCGAGUGCACCAUAAAUGAAACAAAACUAAACAUAAAAAUAUAUCCUUUAGUUUGUUGCGUUGAUUCCGUUGCCCGCGCGCCAGUACAGGGAUUCAUACAAUUCAACGGUCGGUUUGGAUGUUCCCAGUGCCUUCACCCUGGAGAAUGGACUCGAAGUGAUCCGAAUAAACCACGAUCAGGAAGUAUUAAGUAUCCUUUAAUGGAUGAAAUUCCAAAAGAAAGAAACGCGACUGGUACUGUAAACCACAUAAAAAAAGCUGUUGAGAAAAAAAAAUAG